ACGACGUGUGACUGACGACGAAGGACCUCAAACGCCAUUGCGUUUUUCGUCGGUGAUGCGUUCCUAAACUUCACCACUAAGCAACAAAACAAAGCAUAAAUAUAAAUACAAACACGUUCUCUCUUUCUUCUCACAUUUUCUCUCUCUAUUAAAACCAGUUCCCUCUCUUUCUCUCUCUAAACACAUGGCUACCUCCGCGCCUCCCGUCCUCCCAAUCUCCAACUCCCAACCCGCCGCCGCAGGAGGUCCCGGCGCGGUGUUGACGGAUGCUCCUGCCAACAACCCUGCCUUCCGCGCCUUCAUCAAUCACCUAUCCACCUCCCUUCGCCACGGCCUCGACCAGCGGCGCCCUUGGGCGGAGCUCGCGGACCGCUCCGCCUUCUCCAAACCGGAAUCGUUCUCUGAAGCCACACUCCGAGUUCGCAAGAACUUCUCAUACUUCCGUGUAAACUACUACGCUGUCGUUUCGCUGAUCCUUGCGAUCUCGCUCCUCACCAAUCCCUUCUCCCUUGUCCUCCUCGCCGGCCUCCUCGCCUCCUGGACCUUCCUUUACCUCUUCCGCCCCUCCGACCAGCCUCUCGUCAUCCUUGGCCGAACGUUCUCCGAUUUCGAAACGCUAGCUAUCCUCUCCGGGCUCACCGUCUUCGUCGUGUUCCUCACCAGCGUGGGCUCCGUCCUCGUCUCCGCUCUCAUGCUCGGCGUCGCCGCCGUUUGCCUCCACGGUGCUUUCCGCGUGCCUGAGGAUCUGUUCCUCGACGAGCAGGACGCCUCUCAGACAACCGGAUUCCUCUCCUUCCUCCGCGGCCCCGCCGCUGUCGCCACUGCCGUUCCAGCCGUGUCUGCGCGAGUUUGAGUGAGGAAUCCUUAGAUCUGAAACUCCCGAUCCGUUGAAUUUUGGUGCCUCGAAACGACAAGAAUGUGGAAAUAUAGUGUCUCUCUUACCUGAAUCCUCAGAUCUGAUACCCUCUCCCGAUCCGUCGAUUUUUGGUGCCUCUUAGCGGAAUGAACGUGGAAAUGUAGUUUCUUUUCUUUUCUUUUAUUUUAUUUUAAAUUCCUUUAUCCAUAUGAACAAAAUUUAUUAUACAUAGGGUGAAUAAUAAGAAUUAUCACGGUAUAUGUAUGGAUCUUUGUUGUGUUUUCCUUUUUUACAUACGUGAUUUGUUGA